ACACGCGCGUAUUGGAUUCGCCCGCGAUCCGCCGCCGGAUUCGAUGUGCGCAGGGGCGAGUCGCGCGAAAUCGAGUCGCGCUCUUGGGUGGUAAGUUUCGGGAGAUUUGGAAACGUAGCGCGACGCGCGACGGACAGGCAUGUCGCGGCGAAGGUGAAGUGCGCGAGAAAAGCGCCGCCGAUGAUACCCGACUCGGGGGAAACCAAUUUGGAUUGAGGCCAAGCCCGAGGAAAUCUCGCCCGCGAGCAUGGAGGAGGAAGAGAGUCUCGGCGAUACUACUGGCGACGAUGCUGGCGUUAAGGAACUCCAGGAACUUCGAGACAAAUACGAGGGGAAGCUGACGGCGUCUCUCUACACGGGAACACUCUGCGUCGCUGCCAUCGCCUCGCUGAUCGCCCUAGGCGCUCUCUGCUUUGCUGACUAUGGGCUGUCCCACGUGAUCGAUCUUAUACCUGCGUCGGCAUUGACGACCAUGCUCCUCGUCUCUUUGACAUUUCUAGUGGUCACGCAAUUACCUUCGACUAUGGCCUCUAAACGGUCCAGGAUAUUAAUAGGUUUAACAUCCUCCAUCAUACUUGGUUUAGGAAUUCUAAUAUUAAGAGGCGUCCUACCCCUGUUCGCUUGCAUCCUAUCAAUAAUCGCUAUUCUACCUAAAAUGAAGUGGCAAAUACCGCUCAUCAUCGGCUGCACUCUGGCCCUCGCACACGUCUCGACAAGACUUAUUGUCGACAAUUUAACGAGCUAUUACAACAUAAUUCAGAUUGUCGCGGAGAUCAUGUUCCUCCUAGCUGCCAUCCUCGCAGGCAUGUAUUACAGGAUCCUAACGAUGAUGGCCCAUCGCAAGACUUUCUCCGGCACAAAGACAGUGAUCGAAUCACGAAUCAAGCUUGAAUGCGAGAGGGAGCAGCAGGAACAAUUAUUGCUCAGCGUUAUCCCAGCCUACAUCGCGGCGGAGGUAAAGAGAAGUAUAAUGCUGAAAAUGGCGGAUGCUUGUCAGGAAGCUAAUAAGCACAAGCAAACUACGUUUCAAGAGAUGUACGUACAACGGCAUAAUAACGUAAGCAUUCUCUACGCGGACAUUGUCAACUUCACACCGCUGUCGGAACAGCUCUCAGCUUCCGAUCUUGUGAAGACGCUCAACGAGCUCUUUGGCAGAUUCGAUCAAAUAGCACAGGACAACCAGUGCAUGAGGAUCAAAAUUUUGGGUGACUGUUACUAUUGCGUUUCCGGGCUCCCGGUUUCCCGUCCAAAUCACGCUUACAACUGUGUAAAUAUGGGACUGCAAAUGAUUGAUGCCAUCAGGUUUGUCCGCGAGGCCACCGGCUUUAACGUCGACAUGAGGAUAGGAAUUCACACAGGGAACGUACUGUGCGGAGUACUCGGUCUGCGGAAAUGGCAAUUCGACGUGUGGAGCGACGACGUGACCUUGGCCAAUCACAUGGAGAGCGGCGGUCUACCAGGGCGGGUUCACAUAACGAAGGCUACUCUGUUGCAACUGGGCGAUCGGUUUGAGGUCGAGCCAGGUGACGGAGGAUCUCGAGAGAGUUAUCUCGCCCAGCAUAAAGUAGAAACUUUUCUUAUCGUGCCACCCAAGAAAAAUAGAGAGGAAAAUGGAAUGGAAAACGGUGGAAAUCGUAUACAGGGACCUGGGCCAAUACCUUCUAGAUCCAGGCCUAGUAGCAAAAUGACAAAAUAUGUAGAAUGUUGGGGUGCGGACAAGCCUUUUGCUAAUAUAGCGGAAGCAACGUUAGCGAAGAAUAUUGGCCUAACUAGCAUUGCGAUGAUCGAAUCGAAUCUAUUGGCAAACAAUGCCAGCUGCUUUGAUACACAACACUGGUGCGGCGGAAGCGAAGAAAUUUCGCCUUUUACUUAUUGGUUUAAAAACAAGAAUCAAGAGCAGAUGUAUCGAGAGCAAAGGGAUGAGCAAUAUCUUUGGUACGUUAUGGCCUCCAAUGUGGUUUACACAAUGAUGUUCUGCAUCCAAAUCAUCUAUUUGCCAAGGAGCAUUAUAGUUUACGGUUGCUUCGCAGCUGGUUUAGCAUCUCUGAUUAUAUUUGCCGCAAUUUCCUGGUUCAGUGGAAAAACUGACUCUGAAAAUACUGAAGAAACAACGAAUCACAUUGCACUUAGCCGCGGUAUCAGAAUAACUGUGUAUUUGAUAACGGCACUGUUAGCCAUCACAUCAUCUGCCAUUAGUCUGAUCGAAGUUGAUCGCAUUGCCGGACAAGAUAUUAUACCAGUGUAUAUGUACUCACCAGUGAUAGCGUUAGUAGUUGGCUGGACACACUUGAGAGUCGACUUUUUGCUGAAGCUAGGCGUAAUGCUUCUAUCCGUUGCCAUAAUACUCGUGAUCUUCUCCCAAGCACCGGUAAUCCAAUUGUAUUACGACAACUCUGAUGCCAAGUUCACUUAUGGCGUCCAUUAUCUGAUGCAAGUGGGAUAUUUACUAGUUCUCGUCAGUCUGAUACUCCAUGUUCUCGACAGACAAGUGGAAUAUACAUCCAGGAUGGAUAUUCUAUGGAAAAGCAAGCUGAGGGUCGAGCAGGACGAGGUGGAAACCAUGAGAGGCAUCAACAAAAUUCUCUUGGAAAAUAUCCUUCCAGCGCAUGUGGCUGAUCACUUUUUAGCCACAAGAGCUAUGCAGGAACUCUAUCACGAGAGAUAUAGUAGCAUCGCUGUAAUGUUCGCGUCGAUUCCGAAUUACAAGGAAUUCUAUGACGAAACCGACAUAAACAAGCAAGGUCUUGAGUGUCUGCGUUUACUUAACGAAAUCAUUUGUGACUUCGACAAGCUCUUACUCAAGCCGAAGUUUUCGGGGAUCGAAAAGAUCAAGACGAUAGGUAGUACUUACAUGUUAGCAUCCGGCCUGAGUCCAGGAAAGGAGGAUAGCGAUGGCAAAGACCUGCUGAAGCAACAAGAUCAUAAUGUAAUUGUACUCGUCGAGUUUGCUAUCGCACUUAUGACCAUUCUGGAUCAGAUCAAUAGGGAUUCCUUCCAGAGAUUCAAAUUGAGAAUAGGCUUAAAUCAUGGUCCAGUGAUAGCGGGUGUUGUAGGUGCACAAAAGCCGCAGUACGAUAUUUGGGGAAACACGGUAAACGUGGCUUCCAGGAUGGACAGUUGCGGUGAGAUGGGCAAGCUGCAAGUCACCGAGGACACUGCCAAGAUCCUCAUAGACGCCGGAUAUGAACUCAUUUGUCGUGGACCGACGUACGUGAAGGGCAAGGGAACCCUCACCACGUACUUCGUGAAGACACCCUUCGACGAUAAAGGGGACAGCUAUUAGCAAUGAAUCGAAACGGUUUAGAUAGUUCAAUUUUAUUUCGUAGAUUGUAUUAUAAUCUACGAACAAAAAUUAUAAUAUAAAAUCGAAAGAUUGUAAGCUCUAUCGAUCUUUACAAGUCUGAAUACCUCAUGAAAAAGCGAAACAUGAAACGUUGCAAUUUGGUCCAAGUGAUUUCAGAAUGUUAAUGAUUGAUUUAUUAAUGUAAUGAUCUAUUAAUGUAAAAUACUCGUGGAUGUUUACUCAAUUAACUAAAUAAGCUCUUACCUUUGUGAGAAGAAAUCAGACGAAAAAAGCUACAUCUUUUUUUAAAUUAUCAUAAAAAUUAAAAUAUUCGCAAUAUUUUCAGCGAAGUAUUUCCAUUUAAAGUAAUAUUUCCAUUCUCUGCUGUUCGUUAUUAAAGGAUGAAUAAUCAACACGUGUGCAACAAGAAUGCGAAUGUUUGGAAUUAUUAAAUAACUACUUGCUCUCGAUGUUUGUUCUUUGCAUUUACAAAAAAAAAGCGAUAACGUGGCGUAAAUAAUUAUCAUUUUUGGGAAUUAGAAAUUUUAUGUACCAGAGACAAAGCAGUUGAUGAUUUUACACACAUGUUUUUCACAAGAUACCAUAGAAUUACGGUAAGUGCAGAAACAAUUGAAACACUGACUAAAUCCAACUUUUGACUUAUGACAAAUGAUAAUAAAUAUCGUUACACCGUA